CGUGUAAAAAUUAUACUACAGUGCGGACGCGUCUAAAAUCCAAAGACUACUAAGUUUCCAUUUAAUUGUUACAAUCAUUCCACGCAUAUAUAAACAAAUUACGUGCCUUGUGAUUUUCUAUACACAACCAACCACAACGGAAAAAUCGAUUAAAUAAAAAUGGCUGGUGGCAAAGCGGGCAAAGACUCUGGUAAAGCCAAGGCGAAAGCGGUUUCACGAUCGGCGCGCGCGGGACUUCAGUUUCCCGUUGGUCGUAUUCAUCGCCAUCUCAAAAGCCGCACCACAUCGCACGGACGCGUUGGUGCCACCGCUGCCGUCUACUCUGCAGCCAUUUUGGAAUACUUAACUGCUGAGGUGCUGGAGUUGGCAGGCAACGCAUCGAAAGAUCUGAAAGUGAAGCGCAUCACGCCGCGCCAUUUGCAGUUGGCCAUUCGCGGAGACGAGGAACUGGACAGUCUGAUCAAAGCAACCAUCGCCGGAGGCGGCGUCAUUCCGCACAUACACAAGUCGCUUAUUGGCAAGAAAGAGGAUACCGUGCAGGAUCCGCAGCGGAAGGGAAAUGUCAUUCUCUCGCAGGCUUAUUAAUAAUUGCCUCUUCUUUUUGACUAUUUCGGAAUACAAAUUUUACAUCUAUGUUUAAAAAUAUAUUACAAACUAAAUGACGCGUUGUAACAAUUCUGUGCGAAGCUGCCAAGGCGUUCAGCAUAAUUCUAAUUUACAACAAUUUCUAAAUCCAGCCCAUCAUCUCCCAGCAUCUGCCCGCUACCCGACCCUAGCCUCCCUUCUAUUGCCAACAGGCAACAUAAACAUUCAACACCCGCACUCACACACACACACACACACACACACACCCACACACACACUCACGCACUUACACAUACAAAUGUAAACUUAAUUGUCAAGCAAAAUGCAA